AUGGCGAUGAUGAUGGCUGGCCGUGUGCUGCUGGUGUGUGCCCUCUGCGUGCUGUGGUGCGGUGCCGGCGGUGGUUUUGGUGAGGAGACAGCAGGUCGUGGGAGUGGUGCUGAUCUUCCGCUGGAAUCAAAAGGACUUGUAACUUCUCCAGAAAGCUCCCAAGGCUUACAAGGUGGAGCACCAGGUGGAGAAGGAAAUUUAACUCCCGUAGUUAUACAUGAAGCUGAUGAUGAUGAUGAUAAUGGAAAGACAAAAGCGGAAAAAGAAAAAAUUAAUGAAAGGCAGAGUGUUCAAGGAGGAACAAUUGCAAUAGGCUCAGAUUCCAGGGAAAAGAUUUUAAGUGGCAGUGGGAAGAAAACAGGCCAGCCAAUUUUAUCUGCAAAGGGCAUUUCUCCCUCCGGCAGUCUGGAAUCAAAUGCCAAUCCUACGCAACCUGAAGUUGAAGGAACGAACACCGAAGAAAAUACACCUGCAGCAGGGAAUCCACUCACAACAGUUAACGGAGAGCAAACAGUUCCUGAGGGUGUUGCGGGAGUAAAUCUUCCAUCACCUCCAGAAGAAGGUGUUGAUUCCCACGAACAGAGUGGCGAAGACACCACGAGUGAAGGCGAAAAAAAUGUUCCGUCGCCUGAGACCACGGCCACACCACAAAGCCACCGAGACGAAGGCUCAGAAGGGACUGGGGAAGAUACAAAAGCAACGACAGUAACUCCAAACACAACUGAUGCGACGAAUACACAGAGCAGUGACGACAGCACCGCGGCAGCUGCAGCUGUGCAGCCUGAAGAUGGAAUGGAAAGUAAUCCGGCAAAGAAUGAUUUGAGCCCACCAUCCACUGAGGUCGCCAUACAGCUCAGCACGGCUCCUGAUGCUGAAGGCGCAUCAAACAGCGAGGAGAAUACGAAAUCUCAGAGUGCAGGAAAUCCAAAUGUAACAAUCGCCACCGCCACUCAAACAAAUCAUACGACGAAGCCUGGCGACAGUGACGGCAGCACCGCGGUCUCCCACACCACCUCCCCUCUUUUGCUUCUUCUUGUUGUUGCGUGUGCGGCUGCGGCUGCGGUGGUGGCCGCGUGA